AUGGCUUCACCAAUAACUCUUCUAUCCCUCUUCCUGCUCUCGUCUACAUUCGCUUCUGCCCAACCCAGCUUUACCGCGUACAAAGAAAAGAGCUGCAGCCAGCCUCUUGAGAUUUGGACCGAUGGGAUGCUUAUCGAAAACAGCAAACUUCCCAUAGAUCAUUCCAUUAAAGAACGAGGGACUUACGACGGUGGUCACGCCUUCAAUAAUAUAACGUUCCCAGCCGCGGCAGCAACCGGCGAUUACGCACAGGAUGCAGGGACUCAGUUCGUGUAUUGGAAAGUAGAGCAGCCAGACCCGACCUGUCAGUUUAUACUGAUGAGGGAUACUCCGAGGGAAUGGCAAUCUCUCAGUCAGUUGCCCGGAGAUGAGAUGCUAAGAGUAGCCGAAGAGGGCUGCUACUAUACGGCUCUAAGUCCCAACGUCGACUUGAUUACCAGCUUCUGCUGCGGCCGCGACGACUGCGCUAUUGCGGAAAUCGAAGUUCAGUAUCCGAGCCCCGUCGAGAGCGUCAGUGGUGAUCCUCCGAACUGUACGGUAAAGUCUUACAAUGCUACGCCUACUAUCGAAGAUGGUCAACAAAUAGCCGUCACCAGGCCACAGACCUGCGAGGCCCCGCCGACUUGCACGCAUUCUAUAACCCUGAGCAAGAUGGUCAGCACGGCCGUGUCUCAUUUCCAGUCGUAUUCUUGGACUACUGAGGAAGGAGUUGAUGUCAAGAUAGAUACUGGUGUCGACUUUAUCGUAGACUCAAAGGUGUCUGUGGGUAUAAGUUUCAACAUCGCGCAGAGCUGGAUGGACGAGACUGGAACAACUCUAACGCAAACCAACAUUACGGCUUCGUCUGAGGCGGGAAGGCAGGAGGCAGGAACUAUAGCAUUCUAUGCCUUCACGCCGCAGUACGACUGCUGGAAAGGCGAAGUUAGCUGCGGGAAGGACAAAAGUGGAAAUGAGGUCGUACUUGAGGGUAUUAGUUUCUGCCAGCCUCGAAUUGCAAGUACUGGCGAUCCGGCUGGGCUUUUUAGGAUGGUGUAUACUUCGGGAUGA